CAAUAAUUGAUCGAAAAGACCACGCUCUCUGUCUCUGUACUCAUGGAGCUGGUCAUGGAGGUAUCAUCUCUAUCCCCACCUCUGGACUUCGCCUAACCCAGACAAAGUAUACUACUGUUGACUACCGAAUAAUUUUCUUGCGGAUAUAAAAGCGCACCAUGGAGGUUAAAGAUGACAAAGAGAAGACGGGGGUUGAUUCAUGAUCGUCAAAAAGGUUUUACAGCAUAGUGCGGGAACAUUGAGUUGCGCAAGGCACCAUACCUUUCGCUUACUUGCACUUUGGCCUUUUCCCAAAGCCCCAUAGCCAACCAAUUUUACCCAUCACCGAGCCAGCUGACAGUGGCUGACACGCUCUCUCUCUCUUUCUCUCUCUCCUUGAUUUCCUUGAAAUAACGAUGCGGUGGAAGAUACAGCCAUGGUCCCAGUUAGUUCUUAUGUAGCUGUACACACGUACAAUUCCCGCUGUUUCGCAUCUUCCAAGGUCGUAUAGCUCGAAAUCUUGGCCAUUUGUUAUCCGGGAUUUGGCAGAAUUCAAUAAUGAAUGCCAGAGUCAGAACAAAGCUUCAGUCCAUGCAAUCUCCUCUCAAGUAUGAAAAACUGGAUAUGCAGGGGAGCAAGGUAAACGAUGCUGCAAAAGCAACCGCGAGUCAACGACCCUCCAGCAAAGAGAGAAAAGUUGCCUUGCAGCAAGACGUCGAUAAACUCAAGAAAAAGCUCAGACACGAAGAGAACAUUCACAGAGCUUUGGAUAGGGCUUUCAGCAGACCUUUGGGAGCUCUACCUCGUCUUCCCCCUUAUCUCCCUGCUUAUACAUUGGAGCUUCUUGCUGAGGUGGCUGUUCUGGAAGAGGAAGUGGUUCGGCUCGAACAGCAAGUUGUGCAUUUUAGACAGGAUCUGUACCAGGAAGCUGUCUAUAUAUCAUCCUCCAAAAGGGGCGCAGAAAAUUCAGCCGAUUCAUAUGCCCCAUACCCGGUUAAGAAUCACAAACCAGAGCGACGCAAAUUUUCAACCCUAAAUGGGUGUGAUUCAUCAGUGUCCACAAGGAGGCAUAAACCUUCUCUUUCUGAUGAUGUUCGGGGACAAGAGGAUCAAUCAUGUACAAAGUCAGUAAAGAAUGUAAAGGGAUCCUCUAUCCAUAAACCCCAAUCAGUAAAAACUCCAGUUAAGAGACCUCUCAUAUGCCAUAGAUCAGCAGAGAAGCGUUUAGAUCAUCAGAAUUUACAGGUAGAAUGCAGAUUGAAAGACCAACACAGUCUAGAAGCAAGAACCCCUGAUGAAGGGCCAGGAGAUGAUGGCCCAAACAGAAUUUCUGAAAAUAUAGUGGAAUGCUUAUCUAGCAUUCUACUAAGAAUGAGUUUGAAGAAGAAUCAAAGUACUGCAGAAAAUUUACCCUCCAUAUUGACCUCUUCAACUCGAGAAAGCAGUGAAGAAACAAAUUAUUGGGAUCCUUAUGGUGUUUGUUCAGUAUAUGGAAAGAGAGAUAUUGGUCCAUAUAAGAAAUUGUGUCGCAUUGAAGCUGGCUCAAUCAAUCCAAACCGAACAGCAAAUUCUGUGUUUCUACUUCGUAGAUUAAAACUCUUCCUGGAGAAACUUGCCUCUGUCAACUUAGAAAGCCUCAUCCAUCAGGAGAAGCUAGCAUUCUGGAUAAACAUUUACAAUUCCUGCAUGAUGAAUGCAUUCCUAGAACACGGAAUACCAGAGAGCCCUGAGAUGGUUGUUGCUUUGAUGCAGAAGGCAACAAUAAAUGUUGGGGGACACUUGCUAAAUGCAAUAACUAUAGAACAUUUCAUCUUGAGAUUGCCUUACCGCUCAAAAUAUACAUUUGUAAAGGGUGCGAAAAAUGAUGAGAAGACUAGGAGAAGCAUAUUUGGAUUGGAGUUUUCUGAACCCUUGGUGACAUUUGCCCUAUGCUGUGGAAGCUGGUCCUCCCCUGCUGUGAGGGUGUACACAGCUUCUCAGGUUGAGAAAGAACUGGAAGUGGCUAAAAGGGAGUACUUACAGGCUGCAGUUGGAAUUUCAACUACCAAGUUUGCUAUCCCAAAGCUUUUGGAUUGGUAUUUGCUCGACUUUGCCAAGGACUUGGAAUCGUUGCUUGAUUGGAUCUGUCUUCAGUUACCAAGUGAACUUGCCAAAGAAGCAAUUGGGUGUGUUGAGAGAGGCAAAAAGGAACCUCUUUCACAGUUUGUCCAAAUUAUUCCAUACGAGUUUAGUUUUAGGUACCUUUUAUACUCUCAAUAAACUUUGCAAUUUUCUUGUAUACACAGCUAUAGAAUGCAUAAGGAAGGUAGUUGUAUAUGAUACCUUGUAAGUAUUCGUGAGAUGAAUGGUCUCUUCACCUUGAGAUUCAGCAUGUAUUAUGCUCUGGAAAGAGUUUCAACUUCCAAAUAAAAAGGAAACUGAUUGAAUCU